AUGGAAAUGGAAAGCUUGCGCUCGCCGCGCUUAUGCUUUACCUACUUCAUCAUUGCUCCCCCGGUGCCGUCGGGUGUACAUAUCACGCUCUUCACACCAAGUCUUUCUCUUGACAUCCGAACACCGUUCCUCUCCAGUCUCCAGUCUCCAAAGUCCAGCGUCCAUUGUCCACUCAUUCUGCCGCCCAUCGUGCUGUCUGCUCCACUACACCACACCAUACCGGAAUAUACGCCAUUACACCAACACCUUCUUCACACGCCGCCGGCCUUUCGAUACCACCUACAUCGUGUCUCCAUCCUGACCUUACUCGGUGCCAAGACGACAAACCUUGGACCAGAUAAAGCACGUGUGGUUACAGCGUUGAGUGCCAAUCAAGCGCUUGCCCACACGCCUUGGGCAGCACGAACUCAAUGGCCCAACCAUACUUCUUACGCUGGAACGCUCCCGCCCACUUCUUCUUCCUCCUCUUCCAGUCGGGUUGAUUGCAUUCCCAACCUGCCUAGCUCAUCGGGGGACCAGCUGCCUGCAUCCAAGGCUUCUCAAGACUCAAGGCACGGCUUACGGCUACCUUACCGCAGCAACUUAAACUCCGGAUGCAAGGCACCAUGGCACCGCGCUGGAGUCUGGACAGGCAAAGCCUGCGUAAAGCGCGCUAAGAACUCUCCAGCAACCUUCACGACGCCUUACCUAAGACGACGUAGCAGAUGGUUUCAACAAAGCACCGUCACCUGCUUUUCAGCCGGCGCCGUCCCUCCAAAUCCCCGACUCGUCUCCCGAGGCUUGUCAAAUACCGUCUGUCUCGGAGAUGGGCGUCGUGCCUUGGAAACUGACCGCCAACGGUCGAACGAGAGGCGCCCAAUCGCCGUCUUUGCUCUAGUCGAGAUCACGUUUUCCAUCUACACACACACCCUGAAGCAUGCUUCCAAGGUGCUAGGCUCCAAUCCUUUCUUCCUCGGCAUGGUCUGGCCCGUCACGCAGCCGUUGGAUGUUCUUGGGCCGAUCUCAGCCUCACACAAGGCGACUACCGUCGAUCAUCUCAACCGACGCCUGCACAUGGCCUCAGAAAAGAAUGUAACGUCGGAGGGUGUUUGGAGCACACGUUGGCAGCUCGAGCUCAAUAGCCUCGUUAUCGCAUCGUCUAGCAUUGUUCCGAUCUUGCCUCCCUCCCAAAACCACAAACCACUACCCACCACCCCAUCCCGUCGUCUCAAGCUGCCAUCACCGCCUCUGCCGCUACCGUUAUUGCGCCUCGCCCGCCGGUCGAUUGGUUCAGAACCUUUGUCGUUCCCUCCUUGCAUCGGGAUAUACGCCCCAUGCUCUCCCACGUUCUUGUCCAAAACCUUCACCCUCCGAUUAAACCCAUCACCGGAAGAACAAAGCCGUCACCGAAAACGGCCACCAAAAGGUGAAACCAGCUCCACGAACCUUCGAUUUACUCGUGCCAUGCUUCUAGAAACCUUCGGAGGACAGGACAGGCUUGAGCGGGCGCCAUCACUAGCCUUGACGCCAGAGAUGUCAACGCGCUUGCUCACGGACCCCUCUAAUAACGUCCACAACUUCAACCCGCCCGCAGCUUUACACAGGUGCCAGCUUGUGGUCUAUGAUUCUGGCCUGAUAAUGACACACGGGGGCUACCUUCACUCUCUCUCAGACCCAGUUUCAAUGCGCGCCGAAAAACCUUUCACGGCCGCUCCGUUCCAGAUCCUGACAUUGAACCAUCUAAUAAUCAAAUUGGUUGUUAACUCUGACUUUUGCGUUGAUUCAUGGUCCAAGGUCUGUUGUCUAUCAGUUGCAGUUGGGAUAAGGACAAUUAGAAUCGAAGACACCACGUUGCUUCUCCGCGAAUUGCAUGGAUCAGGUAUCAAGGCGUGGUAG